AUGGCGCAGAGCACGCAGGAUGCAGCAAAUGGAGCCGGAGGCCUGAAAUCCCAGAUGCAAGAGCAAGUGGACACAGUUGUGCGCCAGAGGCUUGAGCAAGCUUUUGGUUCUGUGUUUGGGAAAGUUUUGGCGGCCACCCAAAGGGCAGCAGAGGCCGCGGAGAAGCAGGCAACAGCAAACAAGACGGAGGGCGUCACCAAAGCCCUCAAACUCGAAGCGUGGAAGCCAGGCUCAAGGGAGGAUGAGCUGAAGACCUGGCGCGAAUGGAGCUUUCAGCUGAGCACUUGGCUGAUUGCACACGACGAGGAGUAUGAAUCCGAUUUGGAUUCUAUUGAUGUUGAUGUGGCUGUGGACCACGCGCUGCUGGAUGGGCCGGCCGUGGCGAGGUCGCAAAAGCUCUUUGGUGUUCUUUGCAACGUGCUGCGAAACAGGCCCUUGCUUAUUGUUCGUGCCCAGGAGAAGGAGAAGAAUGGUUUUGAGUGCAUUCGCCUGCUGCGCCGGGAAAUGGAGCCAAAGGAGCGAUCACGCUCUUUGGCAAUUGUCCGCCAGCUGGCGGCAUGGACCUUCAAGGAAGGAAACCUCCACGAGCAAAUCAUAGCCUAUGAGGACGCGGUCAAGGGCUAUGAGAGCUCCUCGGGCAAGUCGUACCCGGAGGACCUCCAGAUCGCUACGAUCACCGGCGGUCUCAAGGAGCCUCUUCGAAGCCAGGUGCAGCUGCGGAUGACAAGCAGCACGCGGUACUCGGACCUGAGGGAAUGGGUGCUGCACUACGAGGCCAUUAAUACCCCGUGGUCCUCUUCGUUGCCUACCCGACCUGGUGGCGGCAGGGCCCAAGACCAAGGGCCGGCGCCAAUGGACAUCGACCGCAUCAAGGGCAACAAGGGCAAGGACCCCAAGGGGAAGGGAAAAGGCGACAAGGGCAAGAAGGGCAAAGGCAAGGACGGCAAGCACGACAGCGGCAAAGUCAAGUGGAGCAGCCAGACCGACCAGUGGAAGUGGAACAGCCAAAGCGACCAGUGGAAAUGGAACAGCCAAGGGAAGGACCCAAGCAGCCAAGCGAAAGGCGGCAAAGGCGGCAAAGGCGGAGGAAAGGGAAAGCCCGGGACCUGUCACUUGUGCGGCCAGACAGGGCACUGGAAGAACGAGUGCCCCAACAAAGGUGGCAAAGGAGUCCGGCAAGCGGAGGAGCUGGGCACACCACCCCAGAGCUAUGACACCGUGAUCUAUGACAUGACCGAGCUCGACAGCGACCCAGAGCACUACCUGCUGGACAGCUCCGAUGGCGACGACGAGUGGACCUACAGCCCAGAGGCAGCCCAGGAAGGGCUAAAGAACAGAGGGGCGGGAGUGUUCAUGGUCAAGGCAGCCCGGGCGGAUGCAACCCAAACUCCUUCGCUUCAAGCGGCACGGCACGCCGCAGCCGCCGUCAGAGUGCAGAUGCAAGACGCCCAAGGGAAGCAGAUUGUGGAGGAUUGCACCACUUCCCUCACCAUCACCACGCAAGACAAUGACGGCAACGAGGUGGUGAUCCGGGAGAAGUUCGCAAUUGCUGCCGUGAACUCGGUGAUCCUCUCCCUGGGCCGUCUUCUUCGUAGCGGGUGGCUGCUUGGACAAGGCCCAGACGGGCCAGUGAUUACUCGAGGCGGGCGCCAGGUGCCAAUCUGGCUGAAGCGGAACACCCUUAUGCUCACGGCUGUGGUGUCAACCAUCUUGGCCUGCGACUCGGGUGCUCUUCCCCCGGAAGCCGAGGAGGCAGUGCAGCAGCCAGGCUGGGCAAUACUUCCAUCAGGCCUUCCCUUGCUGACCCUCCACAACACAAAGAACGUCAGCCUGGAGGCUUCACUCUGGGAGGCCGACGAUUGGAGUCACAUGGCAAUGUUCGUGAGAUUGAGCCUGAGCUGGUGGAUUCCCACCCACGAUGUGGCCGUGCUCUUCCACGUGGGCGAGCUUGGGGAGAACUUGCUGAGCAACCCGGGGGAUUUGUUCAAGGAGCCGGCAGCUGAUGAGCCGAUGGUUGCCCCAGCAGAGCAGCAGCAUGAAGAGGACGAUGGGAGUGGAGUUUGGGCCGAGAGGGACGUUGCUGGCGCAGCCCCAGACGAGGGCGAGGGAGACAACAUGAUUGAUGAUAUUGAGUUGUCCCUUGAGACCCCCCUCCAUGUUCUCAAGGACUUGUGCCGACGUCUGGGACUUGCAACCAGCGGCUCCAAGGCAAAAGUUCUGCGGCGCCUCCGUUCUCACAAGGAGGUUCUCGCAAAGCAGCUGGCAACAGAAGUCGCAAAGAAGAUGUUUGAUGAAAGCGAGCGGGACCCAAGCAUUCCCGCCACACCGGUCCUGCCCAGUGCUCGCCAGCAAGCCUUGCAUGCAGUGACGCACCAGCCUUUUGCGGCUUGGUGCCAGGCCUGUGUUCUUGGCCGCAGCCGCCAAAGCCCGCACAAAGACAAACCGCAGCCCAAGGAGAACGUGGAGGAGCAAGAGCCAGAGAAGCGGCACGUCUUCCAGAUCGACUACUUUUACACGUUCACCAAGGAGCGUGGGGAGGAGGAACAGCAGCAGCAGCCAGGUGAAGAGGCAGAGGCCGAGCCAGCCAGCAAGGAGGAGCAGGAAGCAGAGGCCGAGAAGCCCGACUAUCGGGACCAGUUUGGGCUGAACUUGGUGGCUGGAGAGUCCACCACUGGGUGGAUCACCACAGUGCCUGUGUUGGCCAAGGGGAGCACGACCCUGAAGAGAGUCGCGGAGACAUUGGUCAGAACGACAAUGCAGAUAGCAGGUGCUGAAGAUGUGGUGCUCCAGUCCGACGCCGAGCCAGCAGCCAAACAGGUGGUGCACGCGGUGCAGGCGUGCAGGGUGAGGCUGGGCCUCAGAACUGUGCCUCGUUUUGUUCCUCGGGCCUCCCAUGCCUCGAACGGUGUUGCAGAGAAAGCGGUGAGCACAGUGAGGAGGCUGGCGCUUACUUUGAAGGCCCAUGUGGAGGACCGAGCGAAGAUCAAGCUGAGUGGCCAGAUGCCUCUCUUUAGCUGGAUCAUGGCCCACGCGGCCUUCCUGCACAACCGCUUCUUCACUACGUGCAAGGGUCUUCCCCCAUAUGAAGUGGUCCAUGGAAGGCGCUACCGUGGACAGCUUGUGCAGUUUGGUGAGUGCUGUGUGGGGUUUUAUCCCACCAAGUACAAAGGAGACCUGCAAUGGAGGAAAGGAGUGUGGGCCGGGAUCAAUGAGAAGAAUGGGAGCCACAUACUCUUGAGUGACACCGGCGCCUUCGAGACCCUUCGCCGGCUACCUGAAGAAAGCCAAUGGGUGGCCGAACAGAUCGUCACAGCGAAGGGGCUUCCAUGGGACUAUGGUGGAAGCACAAGGCGCAAAAGAGCUUUGUAUACCUCUCGUGCGCCCGUGGUGCCGGAUUCCACGACCUUAGAGGAACUCGCCAAGGCGGCCGGCCGAGCCGCGGCAGAAACCAUUGCAGCAGCUACUCCUCGACCGGCUGGGCCUGAUGAAGCUGGGUCGGCAGGUGGGGGUCCCAUGGCCAUGGAAGUGGCAAAGUCUAGCCGCAGUCUGGAGUCAGAGGCGCCGCCGGCCACGCCCAAGAGGCCGCGGUUGCUCUUGGACAGGCCACCAGGAUCCUCACCGUCAGCAGCAAGCCCUGGUUCCCUCUACCCGCCAGGCUUUGCAGGAGUUCGGGCAGUUCAUGGUGAUGUGUGCUUGGAAGAGACUUCGUGUGCAGAGGAGUGGCUUGAUGAGGUUGGUGAGAGCCUUUGGGAGGAGGCCGAGCCGGAGGACCUUGAGAGCGAAGUGCUUCACGAUGGCGAGAAACCGCCUGAGGUCACACCAGAGGAGCUGCUCAAGCUCGACUUGGCAAGCGACCGUCACGAAGUGGAGCGCUUGAUGCAGAUGGGAGCCAUACGCCACCCCAAGGCCUCCGAGGACCUGUCUAGCUACAGCCGCUUGACGACAAAGGUCGUCCGCGAUUGGCGGAAGCGGCCAACGUGGGUAAGACUUUUUCGCUCCGGCCUCUUCGCUGGCCAUCUGCCAUGGACUGAUAGCCCAGUGGGCCUUGAACUCACCACGCUGGACGUGAAAGACGCGUAUCUGAACGUCCCGCAGAAAGCCCCCGUGGUCAUCGAGAUUGACUCCCGUGUCUUUGAGGAGGGGCCUUCUCGGAUGGUGCCCUUCGUCUUGGAGCGCCUCUUGCCGGGACAGAGAGUGGCGGCUGGUGAGUGGUUCGGGUUCAUCACCGGAAUCCUCAAGGAGGCUGGCCUUGAAAGUUUCCCGAAAGAGCCGACGUUAUUUCGAGGGGCCAAGGAGGGCGACAUGACCAGCCUGGUCCUUCAUGCAGACGACGGGUUGCUAGCCUCAACCCCCGAGGCCCGGGCACAUCUCAAAGCAAAGCUUGAAGAGAAGGUGGUGGUGCAGUUCAGCAAGCCAGCUUUACAAGUUGGUGAUGAGUUUGAGUUCUUGAAGCGGAGGUAUGUUUUGGAGCAAGAUGGUGUGGUGAUGUUUUCCAACAACAAGCACCUAGAGGGGCUGGUCAAGGCCCUGGGUGCACAGACCCGCUUCAGAGAGACCCCGGCUGACAACAGCUUUCUCGAGAAAGACACCUCGCAAGAGCUCCCAGAACACAAGGCCCGAGUGUUUCGUGAAUGCCUUGGGCGGCUCUUGUACCUCAGCCACUCAAGGCCAGAUGUGCAAUUUGCCACCUGCGCCUUGGCAAGCAGCAUGGCCAACCACCGGAGCUAUGAAAAGGCUCUGCAGGACAGAGCGUGCCUUGGCAAGCCAAGUGGAGUUGCCCUGGAGCCCGGUGGCGUGAUCAUCUUGGAGAGCGUGACUGACGCCGACUGGGGUGGGAACAAGGCCGACAGGAGGAGCAAGACCUCAGCCCAGAUCUACCUCGGAGGAAGCUUGCUCAGCUCCUUUGUCAGAUCGCAACGCUCUGUGGCACUCUCCUCGGGAGAGUCAGAGUUCAUAGCAACCGUUGCCGGCGCGGGUGAGAUGUUGUAUGUCAAGGAAUGCAUGGAGUUUGUGCUGAAAGGAUAUGCAACGAUCGAGGCCACAGCUCGCACAGACAGCGCCGCAAGCCGCGGCAUUUCUCAGCGGAUUGGGUGCGGCCGAGUUCGGCACCUGGACUGCGGCCUUUUGUGGUUGCAAGACGCAGUGAAGCGUGGCCUCCUGCGAGUGGGGCCCAUUGCCGGAUCCUGCAACCCAGCCGAUGUUGGGACCAAGCCGCCUUGUGGUCCGAAGCCCCGAGAGCUGUUGUGGAGAAGUGGGGCCAUGACGGACAGUGGAGAGCGCUAUGGGGAAAAGGAAGGUCAGGAAGCUGACCGCCAGCAGCAAGUGAACAACCUAGUUGCACACAGUUGGACCCCGUCUUGGUCGCCAAGUGAUGGCUAUGGUGGUUUUGAGGGCUUGGGCUUGGUUACGGCUAGCAGCUUCUUGGAGGAGUUUGUCGUUGCAACAACCUCGGCUAUGGCUAUGUGGCUUUUCAUCAUGAUUUGCAUGGUGGGUUUUCCUUUGUGUGUUGGCUGGGCUGCACGGAGCUUGUGGAAAGCUUGGUGGCAGGCAGAACCAACAGCCGAGCCUGAGCCGGAGGUGGAGUUCUUUGAGCCCAAUGUGAAAGAAAAGAGUGUCCAAGCAUCGCUUGGUUUGAGCCCCAGUGAAAGGCGGUGGCAAGAGGAGUACGUUGAAAGGCUGCGUGAGCACGUUCGGCGGCUGGAGGCUGCCAGAUGGCUGAGCACUUUUGGGUUGAGUGCGGACAUCCCCCAAGGCUUGGGAAAGUCCGAGGUCAAGGAGCGGCGCCAGCGGAUGGAUGAAGACCCUGUAGAGUACGAGGAGCGGGUGGACCGCUUUUCAAUGUUUUUGCAGAAAUCCAUGGUUGCCGAAGUGUCACAGGUGGGCGAUGAACGGCCACUGACACAAGGGAAAUUCUCGCCUGAUGCUUCGCUUUUCUGCACUGCUUCCUGGUCCGGCUUCAUCAAGCUCUGGAAGACCCCUUCGUGUGAUCCCGUCCUUACCAUCCGUGUUGGCGAAGACAGGUGCAACAGCGUGGCAUGGCACCCAAGUUGCAAAGGCACGCCUCCAUUCGAGGGCAACACGGUCCGCCUUGCUUCAGCUUCAGCAGACUCCAGGAUUAGCCUCUGGUCUUUGUCCGACAGCCAGCCCGUCAAUGUGCUGGAGGGCCACGAGGACCGAGUCAACAGAGUGGUGUUUCACCCCAUGGGCGAGCACGUGAUUUCCACAUCGCACGAUAUGAGCUGGCGCUUGUGGGAUGUCGAGACUACCACGGAGCUGCUGCUGCAGGAAGGUCACUCACGACCAGUCUACGGCUGCUCUGUGCACCCCGAUGGUUCUCUUGUGGCGACCAGCGACCUGGGCGGUGUUGUACGCGUUUGGGACUUGCGAAGUGGCAAGACCGUUAUGCCUCUUGCAGCACAUGGCAAGCAGGUGCUUGCGGUCGACUUCCAUCCACGGGGCACCAUCCUUGCAACAGCUAGCGACGAUCACAGCAUGCGCGUCUGGGAUCUGCGGAAGAGGAGGUGCACGCACAACCUUCUGCUCCACAACAAACUCAUCUCAGAGGUGAGCUUUGAGAAGGGGGAAGGACGCCUGGUCCUGACCUCCAGCUACGACGGCACGGUGAAGAUCUGCUCCACCACAGACUGGAAAGUCGUGAAGGCGCAGGGUUACCUCAGUGGCACUCGCUGCGGCGUGUUCCACA